GCCCGCGUGGUGGCGGUGGUGAUUGGUCGGCGGUCGAGGCGGGUCUCCCGGGCCGCGGGCGGCUCGGCCGAGGCCUGCUGCCGCCAUGGCGAGCGUGCAUGAGAGCCUCUACUUCAACCCCAUGAUGACCAACGGCGUGGUGCAUGCCAACGUCUUCGGCAUCAAGGACUGGGUCACCCCCUACAAGAUGGCGCUGCUGGUGCUUCUGAGCGAGCUGGGCCGCGCCGGCGCGCAGCUCGGCCUGCUGGAACGGCGGCGGCUCAACCGGCUGCUGCUGCCGCUGCUGCAGGGCCCUGACAUGCCGCUGUCGCGACUGCGCAAGGCCAUCGAGGAGUCCUGCCCGCACCUGGCCAGUUCCGUGCACAUCAGGCUGAAACUUAUGGCAGAAGGAGAACUGAAAGACAUGGAGCAAUUUUUUGAUGACCUUUCAGAUUCAUUUACAGGGACAGAGCCAGAAGUUCAUAAAACAAGUGUAGUAGGUCUGUUUCUGCGCCAUAUGAUCUUGGCAUACAAUAAGCUUUCCUUUAGUCAGGUCUAUAAACUUUACACUGCACUUCAGCAGUACUUUCAAAACGAUGAGAAGAAAAAUGGAAUUGAUGAGAAUGAUAUGGAACUGACAAAUACAGAGGAACUGGAGGGGAAAAUGGAGAAAGAAGAACUUGAUGUACCUUUAAGGGAAGAAGAGAUAUCUUGCAGUGGGCCUCUUUCCCAGAAACAAGCAGAGUAUUUUCUUUCUCAGCAGGCUUCUUUAUUAAAGAAUGAUGAAACAAAGGCUCUUACUCCAGCAUCUUUACAAAAGGAAUUGAACAAUUUGUUAAAAUUUAAUCCAGACUUUGCUGAAGCACAUUAUUUAAGCUACUUAAACAGUCUCAGAGUGCAAGAUGUCUUCAGUUCAACACACAGCCUCCUUCAUUAUUUUGACCGUUUAAUUCUCACUGGAGCAGAAAGCAAAAGCAACGGGGAUGAAGGUUACGGUCGGAGUUUGAGAUACGCUGCUCUGAACCUAGCUGCACUGCACUGUCGGUUUGGCCAUUACCAACAGGCUGAACUUGCACUUCAGGAAGCCAUCCGAAUUGCACAGGAGUCUAAUGACCAUGUUUGCCUGCAGCACUGCCUGAGCUGGCUGUACAUCUUGGAGCAGAAGAUAUUUGAUAGCUGUGUUCUGCUGGAGCACUCUGUCAACAAAUCUUUACAUUUUGGUUUGCCAUACCUUGCUUCCCUGGGAAUACAGUCCUUGGUUCAGCAAAGAGCUUUUGCAGGAAAGGCUGCCAACAGACUAAUGGAUGCCUUAAAAGAUUCUGAUCUGUUGCACUGGAAACACAGCUUGUCAGAGCUUAUUGAUAUUAGUAUAGCUCAGAAGACUGCCAUUUGGAGAUUAUACGGCCACAGCACCAUGGCACUUCAACAAGCCCAAACGUUGCUGAGCAUGAACAGUCUGGAGGCCGUGAACGUGGGCGUUCAGCAGAAUAACACAGAGUCCUUUGCCGUCGUGUUGUGUCACCUGGCUGAGCUACAUGCAGAGCAGGGAUACUUUGCAGCUGCUUCUGAAAUACUGAAACACCUAGAGGAAAGAUUCCCUCCCAACAGUCAGCAUGCACAGCUUUGGAUGCUGUUUGAUCAGAAAAUACAGUUUGAGAGAGCCAUGAAUGAUGGCAGAUACCAUAUAGCAGAUUCUCUCGUAGCAGGAAUUACAGCACUGAACAGCAUUGAAGGCGUAUACAGAAAAGCCAUUGUAUUGAAAGCCCAAAAUCAGAUGUCAGAGGCACACAAACUUUUGCAGAAAUUGUUGAUCCACUGCCAGAAAAUCAAGAACACCGAGAUGGUGAUUAGCGUGCUGCUGUCAAUAGCAGAGCUCUACUGGAGAUCUUCGUGUCAUACCAUAGCGUUGCCAGUCCUGCUGCAGGCUCUGGCCCUUUCUCGAGAGUACAGCCUGCAGUACUUGGCUUCGGAAACGGUGCUAAACUUGGCUUUCUCCCAGCUGAUCCUUGGCAUUCCUGAGCAAGCCCUGAACAUCCUGCACAUGGCGAUAGAACCUGUCUUGGCCCACGGAGCUGUCCUCGACAAAGGCCGUGCCAUGUUCUUGGUGGCUAAAUGUCAGGUGGCUUCUGCAGCUUCCUACACUCCACAAAAGAAGAUUGAAGCUUUGGAAUCUGCGAUCUUGAAUCUAAAUGAAGCCAAGACUUACUUUGCCAAAGUGGACAGCAAAGAGCAGCUCAGAGACGUUCUCUACUUCCAAGCCCGGCUGUUCCACACCCUAGGCAAGACCCAGGAAAGGAACAAAUGUGCCAUGUUCUUCCGUCAGUUGCACCAGGAACUGCCGGCACAUGGUGUCCCCUUAAUCAAUGCCUUCAAGUGAUGCAUGUAAAGAUGAGAUUUGUUUGUUUUCCUGUUUCUUUACAAAUGUCUUUUUAUUAUAGUCAGUCAUCUGUAUUUCAAAAUAACUGCCAAUAAAUCAUGGUCUUCUAUUGAACAAA